GCGGGAAAUCGGGGGUUUCGGCAAGCGGGCGGCCUUCCUCCCGCCCUCCUCUCCCUCAGCCUCCCCGGUGCGGCCUCUCUCCUGGCUGAGCGGCCGUGUCGCCCCCAGGCCGGCCGGCGGCGGACAUGGAUUUCUCCAGUGGGCGAGCGAGGCUGAAGCAGGCGCGGCUGGCGGGGGACCGGCGGGAGCUGUAUCCUCACAGCCUGCAGUUCUACCUGGAGCCCCCCACGGAAAGCAUCUCUCUGGUGGAGUUUGAGAACCUUGCCAUCGAUCGCCUGAGGCUGCUUAAAGUAGUUGAAAGCCUUGGUGUGAGCUAUACAAGAGGUAGUGAACCAUACAAAACAAAGCUGGAGAAUGAGCUACGGAAGCUUAAGUUUCCCUACAGAGCUUUGGCUGAGGAUGAUUAUGAGGCAAGAAGAAAAGAUCAUAUUUCUCAUUUCAUACUGCGCCUUGCUUACUGCCAGUCUGAGGAUCUCAGGCGCUGGUUUCUUCAGCAAGAAAUGGAUCUCUUGCGGUAUCGCUUCAACCAGCUAAAUGAGGCUUUAAGGCAAAAAUUCCUGGAGUAUGUCAACCUAUCAUUUGAAGUUAUUAGUGAAGAUGUGAAAAAUGAAUUGGCAAAUGAACUGUGUGCAUCAACCCCUGGCUUCAGUAUGAUUAAAGUAAAAGAACAACAGUUCUAUAAGGUUGGGCUUGCAGAUGCUGUGGAUCUAUUUAGAGCCAGAAGAGUGUUUAUUAAAGAUGGCUUUGCAUAUGUGCCACUAAAGGAGAUUGAUGCAAUUGUUUUGAAUAACUACAGAACAAAGUUAUCUAAAGCACUGGCGUUGACAGCACGAUCGCUGCCUUCCAUACAGUCUGAUGAGAGACUACAACCUCUGCUUAAUCAUCUCAGCCAUUCUUACGUUGGCCCAGAUUACAGCGUGCAAAAGAACACUGGAAAAAUUUCUCUAGAACAGAUUGAUUCUCUGUCUGUGAAGUCAUUCCCUCUUUGCAUGCGUCAGUUGCACAGAGCCCUCCGUGAUAACCACCAUCUCCGCCAUGGAGGCCGUAUGCAGUAUGGUCUGUUCUUAAAAGGCAUUGGCUUGACUCUGGAACAGGCACUGGAAUUUUGGAAGAAAGAAUUUAUCAGAGGAAAAGUGGAUCCAGACAAGUUUGACAAAGGAUAUGCUUACAGCAUUCGCCACAGCUAUGGGAAAGAAGGAAAGAGAACUGAUUAUACCCCAUACAGCUGCAUGAAGAUUAUCAUGUCCAAUCCACCAAGUCAAGGGGAUUAUCAUGGGUGCCCAUUCCGCCACAGUGAUCCUGAGCUAUUGAAGCAGAAGCUGCAGUUGUACAAGAUCCCUCCCAGUGGAAUAACUCAGAUCCUGGAGUUGGUGAAGGGCAUGCAUUACCAGCUGGCCUGCCAGAAGUACUUUGAGUUGACACAUGAUGUUGAAGACAUUGGGUUUUCUUUGAAUCAUCCUAACCAGUAUUUUACAGAGAGUCAAAAGCUAUUAAGUGGUGGUAAAGAACUGAAGAAGGAACUAAGUAAUUCAGGAAACUCUCAUCAAAAAAGUAACAGUCAGGAAAGCAUGAAUUCAAAUUGCAUUCCCACCUCAUCAAAUACAACUGAUGCAGAACUGGAAGGACUGGAGGCAUACUUCACUGAAGACUAAGCAGUUCUUUCAUUUGGGGUUUUUUGGUUUUAUUUGAUUCAGUCUGGGUUCCUUUUUUUCCCUUUCUUUCAUUCUUUCCCUUCUCUAACUGCAUUUGUCUCUGUAUCAAGGAAUAUGCACUUCGCUCCCUGGAAGACACAGACAUUCAGUGCUUUGAAUAGGCUGAAGAAAAAGAAAGAUACUGAAGCUGGUAUUAUAUCCAGUAUUUACUCUCACUGCUUUAGGAUACUGUUAUUUAUGGUAUACUGAAAAAGGGGAAAUGAAAGUUCCUCCCCAAUUCUUAGGUAUUUUGUCUGACUUACCUUCUUUGUUUUUCUUCAAAAUGUUUAAAUAUUUUUCCCAUUUUUUGAUUUUAAUAAAUAAACUGC